GAAGGCAGGAUAGAUAAAAAGACAAAUGAGAAGAGCCCUUGCGCUUCUCCGGUCUCUCCGAGAGGGGCGUGGUCAAAUCAAAUUAGUCUUCUUGACGGAAGAGGGUGUGUUUUCCCGAUUGUGAGGUGGAAGUUUACGAAAUAGCUUUGUAACCGAACCCGAACAUACAGAGUUCAAGAUUAUUUGGCUGACACAUUAUGGACGAAAAGGAAGAUUUUGUGGUGAUUGACCCUCAGAUUCCUGAGGAGGGCCCAUCUGCGCCCCCACCUGGCUGGUUGGACUGUGUUUCAGGUUACGAAAGCUCCAAAGGAGGAGAGGAUCCUUAUGAGAAUUACCAUCCUCCACCUCCAUACGCUCCACCAGACAGCAGUCAGAGUUCUCAUGUCCCCAAUGUGAGGGAGCCAACAGUAUCAGAGGACGUGGCCCGCGAGGCUCUCCUUAAGUAUGUGGAGAGUAAGUGGAGCUUCAGCAGCAAGCCUGCCAAAAACCUGGUCUUCAAGGACCUCAAGCCUAUAACAGUAUACCGGUACCGUUUGGAGACAUACACAGAGUCAAGAUCGAGCAACUGGGACUCAGAGCCAUUUAGAGGUCAGUUUGUGGAUGGGCCAGAAAUGGGCUUGAGCCCACCGCCAUGGGAGGUUCCGGUGCCGUAUCCUGGGAAAUAUACGGACGUCACCUAUCGAGUCCGGGUGCCACACUCCUGUGUGGUCAAGCCGUGCCAUCAAUGUCAGAGCAUGGGAAAUGUGCGCUGCUCAAAGUGCUUCUCCAGGGGACACUCGCGCUGCUCCCAUUGUUUCGGGCGUGGUCACAAAGGUGCUGGCAAGAACAGAAGAAGGUGUACUCUCUGCCAUGGCCGUGGAGUCAGAAGAUGUAUUACCUGUCAUGGUCGUGGUAUUAGAGUGUGUCCAUCUUGCGAAGGGCAAAGGAACCUUUUUCACUUCCUCCAGCUGACUGUUGUAUGGAAGAACAAUAUAAUGGCGUACAUUCCUCCCGACAAGGUGCCUGAGUUUCCAAUGGCAAAGUUUGAGAAAGUGUCCGGUGAUGCCUUUUUUGAGGAUGAAAACCUUUUGGUCUACCCCAUCGUGGGCUUCCCAGAUCAGGAGAUCUGUGCUAUGUCCAAGAAAGGGAUUGAGGAGCACAUAGCCAAGUUCUCCUCCAACUGUCGCAUCCUGCAGCAGCGGCAGGCCAUAGAGUUGGUUCCCGUCACCCAUGCCUUCUACAACUACCAUGGGAAGGUCUACGAGUACUUUGUCUAUGGAAAGGAGAACAAAGUUUUCAUACCGAAAUACCCUUCUGCUUGCACAAUAUUAUAGUGGAAAUAAUGGCUACAUGUUUCUGUGAUGAACUCUAUGAACUCUCAAUGUAGGCGCAUGCGAUUGGAGGGGAUUGGAAUGUGGAGAGUGUAAACGAGACCAAGAACCAAUUCCAGAUCUUUUUGUAAAUCUUCAUUUGAAGUGUGUCCCAUGUAGCCUUACCAGACCAUCCCAAAGAGAAUCGGGACACCAGGUUGUUUACAAGCCCGUUUCCAACAACGUUGAGAUGCUGUGUAAAGUAAUGUUCACCGUUCUAUAUUUGCAGAAAGAGAAGCAAACAGAAAUCAUGUUUGGGCGAGGUCUCUAGCCAGGGUCAUGGGAGUGCUUUGCAGGGAUUGUGCUGGAAUCUACUGCGCUAGAAAGAGUCAAACAGGAUCCCUGCGUACACCCCUACGUUAUUCCUUUUUUUUUUAAGUAUAUUUUUUUGGGGGUUUUUUGCCUUUAGUCAGAUAGGAGAGUAGAGAGAGACAGGAAGCGAGUGGGGGAGAGAGAUGGGGUGGGAUCCCGAAGGGACCAUGGGGCAGGAAUCGUACCCGGGUCGCCGACGUGCAGUGCGGGUGCCCCAGCCAGUCGCGUCGCGGCUGGGGCCUCCUAUGCUAUUCCUAACCAUAUGCUGCUCUUUGAACCGGCAGGCAGGAAUAACUUGCCUCGUAAGAGUGAUGCUGUAGGCCUGGCAAAUUUCAUCAGGCUCCUCCAGAACAUCCAUUUAAAAUGCCAUUAGAAACAGAAUGCUAUAAUUUGCAAAUCACGUAAAUUCGAUUUGAUUGAGCAUAGUGCAUAGUGCAGUAGUUGGAAUGUUGGAAUCAAUGGAAUCUACACGUAUCGUUUGUUGGAGAGUACAUGCUCAUUUUGAAUUAGUUGAUGCACAACGCCUUCCAAAAACUUUGGGACUGGGGCAUGUUUAUGACUGUGUUGCCUCACCUUUGAUCCCCUUUAUGAUGUGUUGCUGGCAUCAUAUUCAAAAUCAGUGUAUAUUUUUCGGUUACGGUUAUGCUAUUUGGCAGACAGAUAUUUCAUGAGUUUAUGAGAAUUGAAGAUGAUCAUAUUCUGUUUUUAUUUACACAGCAUCCCAACUUUUAAGGAAAUGUUUUUUUUAUAUAUUUUCAUAUAUAUUUUACUGACACAUUUUAUGUAAAACAAUUUAGAAGUGAAGAAUAAUAUGCAAGCUACAGUAUAUGAGACAUUAGAGUAACAAUGAAUACUACCUUAAACAAUAAUAAGUGCAGCUAACUACCUGUUCGUUAUAUUGUACCUGUGUGCCUAGGAUUUUAUAUUGCCUGUUGUUUUACCUCUGAAGUAAAUGGAAAUUGGGUAUACUCAUAGACUACUCAUGUUGAGGAAUGGAAAUGUAACUUCUCACAAAUUCUAUCCUUGUACUGUAUUUACUUGUAUGUAGGAACCGUUAUAUCUCAUCCAAAGUUCUAUCAUUUUGAAAAAACGGUUUACUUUUGUAUUAUUUUACACCCUAUAAACAGUAUACUUUAAAUAACAUAUUGAAAUAGGAUUACUAAUUGAAACGCUUCUGUUGAGUUUUAUGUUUGUCUCUUAGGUCUAUCUACAUUUGUGAUGUCCAUUUGGUAUCUAAAUAUAUUUCUCUCUGGAGGAGCAUCAUUGAAAAAAUCUCAAGCUCAGAGGCCUACAGUACAUUUCAUAUCUACUCACAAGAAU